GGAAACUUUCGGCGAGAAUAUAAUUAUAGUUUCACCAGAUAACUUCGUUCUUUCUAAACGAACGAUCACAUUUUCAGAUUACCUUGUCAAAGUAAUACCCGCAACAAUCAAAAGUUUUGAGGAAUGGGGAUUUUUGACAUAGUUAAAGAUGAGGUCCCUGUACAAAGUGCGCAACAAGGCUCAAUCAUAAUCGUACCAGAUUCAGGGUUUUGUGUCAAGUUAAAGUCUAAAAAUCAGGAAAAAGUGUUUGUGAAUAUAUGUACCUCUGGGAAAGUCCCAGUCCCGAAGGAUCUAACUGAAGAGGAAUUAAGAUCAAUCCUUAAUGAUAUUGACAACUCCCCACCCUUCAAAGUCCCGAUGUGCAUAGGAGAACCGCACGCUGAGACUGACUCAGCUCAGAAAGGCUGUACCGCUUAUGAUGUCAUAAUCAACCCACAAUUCUACCAAAAAGUCAAAUCAUCAGAAUUGUUUGAGGCAUUUUUGAUGACAGUGAUAUUCGAAGGCUUGGAAAAUAAGUAUGGCAUCGAACUUGAAAGAAGUUGGAUUGUUUUAAAGAAUAAGAAAUGUAUGGGUAAACUGCAAGAACAAUGUAUUCGAACUUCUAGUCGUCCUGCGAUUAUUGAAGUGAAUGAUUCUCAACCACCCAAACCCAAAGUGAUAGAGUUACCUGACCCACCUUUUAAAGGUGAUACUCCCAAGUAUGAAAUAUUAAAGGUUAAGGAUGAUGUUAGUGGAGAAGUGCGUUGCUUAAUUGCACGAAUAAUCAUGCCAAAGCUGAUUUCUAGUGAUGGAUUAGAUUUACAAGUUGGUAAUGAUCUCCUUCAAUUGAAUAGUCGUGGUCAGAUUUACUCACUGGAGUUACCACUCGAUACAUUUGUCAAUGAAGAAACAACUGUAGCUGAGUUUAAUCGAAAUACAAAAGUAAAUCUAUUUUUUCCUAAUACAUACAGUUACAUUGCUUUUAUUCUUCGAUGAAGUUCUUCAACUAAUCAGUUGCUGACUAAUUUCAUUCAGUAUGGUGAUUUGUGGAGAUUGUAUUAUUUUAACAAUUAAAUUCACGGGUCGGUCUAAGCUAGACCACCAUUGAAAACCUGGAAAUACGGUGCUUCAUAACGUCCAUUCUACCUAACUUUUCUAUUAACCGAUUUGAACUUUAAUGUACGUAUUCACUUACAAUGGAUUCAUUAAUAAUUCGUCAAACUGAUAAUCCUAUAUGAAGAAUUAUUGGUCAACGUUUAUAUACCUACUUGUAGAUUGUAUUCAUUAAAAGUUGAUUUCAUUUGGUGUACCACUGAAAACCAAGUAGUAUUGGGCAGAGAAUUGUUGAGGAAUUCAGUACAAAUACGAAACAGUUGUCCAGUACUCUAUGGUUUUUCCUUUGGUAUUGUGAGAUUAAUCUGUGAUGAAUACAGCCUACAAGUUACCUUUUCUCCACAAAACCUCUUCGAUUUAAAAUAUUAACAGUCACAAUGCCGGUGUCAACUGUUCAGGGAUGAUAAGAAUUUCACUAGAUCCUCAACAAUUUGUUGUGUUAUUUUUACUUUGAAUUAUUUCAAUGAAAUUUAAAUAUUAUAAUCUUAAAUUAUAAAACAAUACUCUAUCUUUUGUUACAUUUUUUGUCGUUGUCAAAAUACGCUACAAUAAGAAAAAGGUUUUGUGUUGUACCAUGUGAAAUAUUAUAAGCUAUUUA